ACCAGAAGCGCCCAGCGGCAGGGUCUGCAGACACUCACCCUGGUCUGAGCAGAAGGUCUCCAAGGGUUUGGCUGUGUGUGUGAGAGAAGAUGUGCAGGGUGAGCCUCCUGGCAUUCUGGCUUUGCUGCGUAGUGCCUUCCUCUGAGGCCGUAAAUCCGGGAUUUGCAGGCAGAAUCACCAGGAAAGGCUUGGAUUAUGCGUGCCAACAGGGAGUUGCAACCUUGCAGAAGGACUUGCUUGCGAUAACUCUGCCGGAAUUCUCUGGCUCCUACCGAGUGAAAGUGAUUGGAAAUGUCGACUACAGAUUCUACAGUCUGAACAUUCGCAGGUUUGAGCUGCCCCAUUCAACAAUUGAACCCAUGCCAGGCCAGGGCGUGAGAGUCUCCAUCAGGAAUGCUUUGGCUGAAAUGACUGGCUGUUGGCAGCUGAAGAAACGUUGGCUCAAGGACCAGGGCUCCUUUGAACUGAAGGUUGACGGCAUCUCCAUCUCCGUGGGCUUGCAACUGGGGAGAGAUGGUGCUGGGAGACCCACGAUUACCAUCUUGGAUUGUAACGCCCACAUUUCCAAUGUCGACAUUGACAUAUCUGGCAAAUGGGAGUGGCUGUAUAACCUAUUCAAAAGCAAGGUGGAAUCGGCUUUCAAGACAGCCAUGGAAAGCAAGAUCUGUGACAUAGUGAGAACUUCUGUUAACUCCAAACUGGAGUCCCACUUUCAGUCUCUGCCAGUUACCACCAGAAUUGACAACACAUCUAGCAUCGAUUAUUCUCUGGUUGGGCCACCCAUUGCUACAAGCGAUUGCGUAGACUUGGACCUCAAGGGUGAAUUUUUCUCCAACGCCCAGCGUACUCCGGCUCCUUUCCUGCCGCCUCCCCUGUCUUUUCCGGUGGAUCCGGACCGCAUGGUCCAGUUUGCGAUUUCCACCUACUUCUUCAACACGGCUGGCCAGGUCUACUACCAAGCCGAAAGACUGACCUCCUGGAUCGUGGAUGACAUGGUUCCUAAGGAAAUUAAAAUCCGGCUGAACACCGCCUGCUUCGAGCCCUUCAUCCCGCAGAUUAAGAAGCUCUACCCCAGCAUGCCGAUGAAGCUGAGGGUCUCCCCUUCUUCGGCCCCCUCUCUCAGCAUCUCCCCCGAAUCCAUCUCGCUCGCCCCUUCGGUCGACAUCCAGGCGUUUGCGAUUCUCCCGAAUUCCUCCCUGGCGCCCCUCUUUUUGAUCGAAGUGACCACGUCAGUUUCUGCCAAAGUUGAUGUCAAUUCUACUAGGAUCUUUGGAGACCUGAAGAUGGGCAGGAUGAGGUUCUCCUUGAAGCACUCAGAUGUUGGGAUCUUCUCGGUACAGUUGCUGGAAACCCUCAUAAACUUCCUUACGGCGAGCAUCCUAAUUCCACAAAUGAAUGCCCGUCUGGCUGAAGGAUUUCCCCUCCCCCUCCUGGAUCACCUGGAGAUCUCCAAUCCCAUCCUUCAGGCUCACCAGGAUUUUCUGCUCUUUGCAUCGGACGUGCGCUAUGAAUAGAGAAGGGGCGAAGGAGAAACAGAGAAAAAGAGGGGGAAAUGAAGGAAUAAUAUCCCCACGUCAGAUUCCAGUUUGGGAGUCUGCAGAAAGCUCUCCAGGAACAGCCCUUUUAACACGGAAUUCCCCCCCCUCCCCCCCGCCCAACCUGCAGGACCAUUGCUACAAUCUCUUGAAGCUGGAUGAAAGGGGCACCAGGAUGGGGAAGGGGUUUCCGUGGCCAUUUUCUUUCAGCCCGGCAAGAAGGUUCACUUCCUCUUUUCCCACCCGGCCCCUUUGGCCACGGGGUCAAGAGUGCCCCACUUGCAAGUAGGUGGAGCUCCUUAGAGGAACCCCUGGACAUUAUCUGGUCUGCUGUCCCUGGGAAAAGAGGCUGGGGUCAGGCGAGGCCACGGGGGGGGUCGGGUGAGGGUCAGUGGCGUUCUGGGGUUCUCAGGGGUCUCUGAGCUUGUUCGCUUCCUUCCAGAUAUUUGGUUAUUAAACUGGGUUCUACACAACCUUUUAGCACUGAUGAUGUUACCUAGCUGGGUCAUGAAAUGUCUGAAAGAAAACGACCAAACUCAGAGAGCACCCAGGACCCCACAGUUCUCCUCCUCCUCCUCCUCUUCCUCCUCCUUCUCCUCC